GUCUCUCCUGCUUGCAGAGCUUUGAAAUCUCUCUUUGUCAGCCAUUUCCCAUGCACUCUUGCAUCAGAGCAAUGCCAGAGGCUAAGAACCCAAAUGUGAGAGAACACUAGGCAAUGCACUGUAAAUCCAGGCUAGUGAGUGCCACAUACCCUGGUGCUGGAUACAAGCUCCAUGAAUCGCUGGCAUCAGCCUCACCAUCUUGUUAUUGAGAGAUAGAAGUCUGAAGGUGAGUGGCAAGGGCAAAAAGGGGUCGGUUCUGAGGGGUAUGUUUUCUGAUUGGUGUGACUUUAUGCUGGAUUAAGAGGUUUACUUUCCCUCUGGUUAUUCUCCCUGAGAGGCAGCAGGACUUUUGUGUGUCUCUUACAUGGGAGUGUCGUUGGAGAACUUGUUGAGGGUCUCAGAAUAGUGAUACGUCAUUUACCCCAGAACGUGGGUCUUUUUAACAGAGAAAUAAAUAUAUGUAAGUACAGAGCAGUUAGUGAUUUCAAGAAAACUUGACUCCAUUUGUGAGGGGCUUGUCACAGCCUUCCUGGUUAGAGGCCCACAGUUUCCAGAGUCUGGUUUUCUAAAGGUAAAAUAAACCAAAACAAAAAUAAAAUGAAGACUUCUCAGUCUACCAGCAAACUAACCGGGCCGCCAGGGCCAUAUCCAUUUCCUUUUCACAGCCUGAUGCAAAGGAGCUCCCAGACUCUGAAGAGCGAGAGGAGGGCCUGCUGCCGCUGAAUGAAAUAAUCUGAACCUAUUGUAAAUGUGUGUUGAUGGGUGCAUAAAUGAUCCUGAUCCGGUGUUGAUGGGGCCUAGGAGCUUUAAUGUUGUUGAUGCGUGGACUUUUUCCUGCAGAUUCAGUGGCGUGAGAGCUGGCAGCACCCUGGGGAUUAAGCAGCCUGUCCCCAGGGCUGGUCCUUCUUCCAGCAGCAGGUCCUGGCACAGCAGUCCCCCAGCCCAGCUCCUAGUGCUGCCUACAGCAGCAGCAGGCAUCUCUGACAGCCCACUGGGGCAGUGAGCACUGGAGAAAAGGGCUCCUCUCUGCUGCGUCUCAGCAUUUUAUGUUUUCCAUGUGCUGGGACCAAUCCUGUAGCAAGGCCAAGAGAGUUGUCCCUCUAUGGCGGCUCUGCUGCCUCCCUCCCUCUCUCCCAAGCAAAUCUGCCCACCAAUCCCUGCCCUCCUGCUAAUGUUGUGUUUGCCCCCAAAAGGGAAAGACAGGGAAUAAAAGAAUGAGUCAUCUGGGGGAUUUUUCAUCCUCCCUCUCCCUGCAUCCCCAGUGAAGCUGAGAUAUUACAGUUACACCAUUAAAAUAUUUGCAGCACUCUUAAUUUUCCUAAAACUGACUGUGCCUGGGCCUGAGAACUGACAAAACAAAUCUGAAAAAUCAGCUCUGUCUUGCAGCAUCCUCAGGCUGUUCUCACACUGCUGUUGCCCUGCCCCCUGCCCCGAGUUACCACAUCACGGUCCCAGAGCCAGAACCCUUGGUCGUUCGCCCCAUGCAGAGCUUGGGCUCAGUCCCACAGUACAGUCACAUCAGAGACAAGAUUCCUGUCGUCUUGAUCAGGGUCAUAGUCCUUAUCUUACCAUCUAUAUUUUACAGCUAUGUUAUAUCGGCGCAAGCAGGGAUUCUGUUCCCUGUCUGUAAGAUCAAGAUGCAGCCCUUUUCCAAGGGGAUGCCAAACUGCUGCUUCAGCCCUGAUGCCCUCUUCUGGCCCUUCACUUGGAGAUGAAGGAGGAUAGGAGGAGGCCAAAGACGGCUGGAGGGAUGAGUCAGAUACACUGUCCAUCCUUAGUGCACAUAGAUUUUUAUUCUUUGCGAGCUCUGUAUCUCAGCAACAUCAGAUCUCGGCCCAGUGACCCAGCUGGUCCUCCAGGGCCUGCCCUAGCCCCUGGGCUGUAGCAUGCUCAGGUCCCACCAGAGCUGAGCUGGGGUCUGAGGCUCUUUCAGGGAGGAGAAUUUAUUGAUUCUGUACUUGUGCCACCUGCAGGCCAGAGGAAAAUCCAUUUGAUCUCCAUUCACAGUUCAGUUCACAGCUGCCUGGAUUGGCUUCCUAAAGGGCUGGUAGCUCUUAAAUUUCAUCUUCUGUAGUUUCACCGUCUGAUUCCCAUCUCUGAGAUAAUGUCCUGGAAGGAGAAGCACAUAAGUCCACCCCCUUGUUUCAUCCAGCGGCUGGACCACCUCGUGUUGACUGUGAAGAGCAUUGAGGACACUGUAGCCUUUUAUUCCAAAGUCCUGGGCAUGGAGGUGGUCACUUUCAAGGGAAACCGCAAAGCUUUAUGUUUUGGCUGCCAGAAGUUUAACCUCCAUGAGGCUGGGAAGGAGUUCGAACCCAAGGCUCGAUACCCAGUCCCCGGUUCUGCAGAUGUUUGUCUUAUCACACAGAAACCCCUGGACCAGCUGCUGGAACACCUGAAGGCCUGCGGAGUGAAGGUUGAAGAAGGUCCUGUGGCCAGAACUGGUGCCGUGGGUCCAAUAACAUCCGUCUACUUCCGAGACCCCGAUGAGAACCUGAUCGAGGUUUCUAGGUACAGCACAGAUACGACAGGUGUGACUGCAGUUAGCAGAGGGGAACACUAACCACAGACUACACUUUGCCUGAGUUCCAGCAGGAGACAGGACACAGAGGCCAGGAUUUUAAUGGCCAGUUUACGUUCUACAUUGCAAACCUAGAACAAGAUUCAGCUUUCAUACCCACAGAGCAAUAAAAAGUAGAUCUGCAUGAACUUUUGAGAGCUAUCCCUCAAUCCUGCUUUUAUAAAUCUCCACUGAUGGAGACUUCAUGACCGUCCUGGAAGAUCUGUCCUGCUGCCACACAUUUUCCUAAUGUCUGACGCCUCUUUUGCUGCAUUUGAAGCCUAUGAUUUCUGCCCUGUUCACCAUGAACACAAGGAACUUGUCAUUCCUUUUCUCUUAAUAGCCACUUUUUUGCACGCUUGAAGAUUUCUGCAUCUCCCUUUUUCUCUGCCUGCUUAGCAUGACCCAGCCUAACUGGCACUGCUGGCUCUAACACUAAGUCACUGAUUUAAAUCCAGCUGUGGCUAUUGAAAGCCACCUCCUGUCUGGGAUUGGGGAACUGGACCUCAGCAUUUGACACACACAGCACUCGUGAGGCUCUGUGCCUCAUAUUCAGCACUGCAUAAAUACUUGAAUAGUUAUGGUGCAUCUGUCACCCAGGCAUGGGGCAAAGUAGAGACACAGUGGCUGUAUGCCUGGAAGUCAGGGAGUUCACCUAGAUUCUUUCAGGGAGGAGGGGGAAAUAGGGUGCCAAAAAGGCCCUGGCAUCAGGCAUGAAACCUCCGCUUUGGCUCCCCCCUGACAGCCCUUUGUUGCCCAGUCACAUUCACUUGUUUUACUGGUGCAGUAACAGGGCUUGCCUCUGGCCCUGAGGCCCCUGCAUCAGCUGCAUCUGUCUGGCCUGUGCAUUGCAGGUACCAAGGGAAAGGUGCAACCUUGUACUGCAGCUGGGAAGCGUUUGCUCCUCCUUUCUUUCCCCAUGGAUGACACAUUCCCAUGGGCUGUGGGUCUUGGUCAUUCCUUCUCAAAGGAGCAGCCUCCCUGCAAACCCUGGAUCCCCGUGGCAACGUGUUUGGUCCUGGGAGAACCUCUGGGCCAAGGAGAGGAAGGCCGAUGCUCUUGCCUCGGGUCCAGAAUAGCUCCAGUGCUUGAAGAAGUGUUAACAUGGAGCUACCUG